AAAAAAAAAAAAAAAAUGGAACAAACUAGUAACGGGACAUCAGUGGCUAACAAUCAAACAUUAGGACAAGAUGAACAUGACAAAUUUGUGAAUUGUAUUGGUGCUAGUGAUGAAUAUUAUCGGUUUAUGGAAUCACAAUAUACUUUGGUAUAUAUGGCUAUUUGUUUGACUUGUACAGCAUGGCAGAUAAUGACAGCUAUCAGUCUCAUUUGGAAAUCAAGAAAAUGGUUACACGCUGUAGUUUUGUUGAAUGUCUGUUUGGCCUUUUUUGUCAUUCUUUGUAGUCUAUUAAAUCCUUUGACCUCUGUCAGUUGUGAAUUUAGAUACUGGGUAUCCAUCAUCUGUGUCAAUUUGGGUGGAUGCUGCAUUCAAUCGAUUCUUCUCUACAAGGCUUAUAUUUGUCAUAAUCGUCGAAAAUGGCUUCUUGUCUUGGGUUCCUUCAUUAACACGGGUUAUGUGGCCUUGAUCUUUUUAUAUGCUACUAUUGGCAAGGUUGAUUCUCAUCGUGAUUUUAUUGGUAACUGUGUGCUCAAUAAUCUGGAAUGGCCAGCACUUGCAAAACUAAGUCUCGACAUCAGUAGCAAUCUCUUUUUAACAUUCGCAUUCCUUUCUGUCAUUCGCCGACAUUAUCGUAUGCUUGGUAAUGAUAUCCAUAAAUUUUUAUUCUCCAACAGCAUGAUGUUUUCUAUUGGUGUCGUUGCUUCUAAUAUCUUGACAGCUAUUUUGAUUUCAUGUCGUGCCGUGGGUGGAUUAUCUGCUGAUUUGUAUUCCUUUGAUUGGGUAAUCACUGGUUAUCUUUUAAUCAAACAGUUUACCAUGGAUACCAAAAUGAAGAAAGAGGAGGAUGAUGAUGAUCUCACUCCAGUUCAAUCAACCGCCAGUAGUAUUCUCUCGGCUCACAUCUCUGGUAUCCCUGGUCAUCAUUCUAGCACUGAACCCUGUAUCACCGAUACCCAUCAAUGGCAAAAAGCAUGA